AUGCUGACAGUGCUUCUCCCAAGGUCUUUCCACCAAAAAAGCGCCCGCGUUGUCUGGACUGUCUCUGGCAAUGCCCACGUGAACAGUGCUUGGUCAGUAUUUUGUGCAGCUCUGGCUCUUCAUUCUUUGCGGGUAUGGUCGAUUGAGUGGUGGCAAAUAGGCUUUCGGGGAAUGAUUGCUUUGGCUUUGAGGCACCUUAUAGCCGUGGCUUGUGGCCUGCCAUGCCUUCGCAACAUCGUGCAGCGAGAAGUGCGCAAGGAACUUGCAUCAGUCGAGAGCAAAAUGCAUGGACAGGGAGAUUCGCAGGCUUUGGUCAAGCUGCCGCAAGAAGCCUGGUCCUGCAGCCGAAUUUGGCAACAGAUUCAGCGUUUUCAAGCAGCGGAGGCAUCCGUAUAUGUUGGCAUUGCCAAGAAGUGGGCUGGCAUAUAUCAUGCUCCAGAAGGUGACUUGGUGAAUUUGCAAAACAAGGUCUGGAGCCUCUACAACUGCUCCAACACUCUUUAUGAAGGGGUCUUCCCCUCUGUCCGCAAGUUUGAAGCGGAACUGAUCAGUUGGAUUCUUCAUAUGUUGCAUGCAGGCACAUCAAGCUGUGGCCUUCUUACAUCGGGUGGCACAGAGUCAGUUUUGUUGGCUGCUUUGGCUUAUCGAGAACUAGGGCACCGUAGGGGGAUAGCAACCCCACGCAUCCUGGCCGCCAAUACGUGCCACCCUUGCAUUGUCAAAGCGUGCCACUACUUCGGACUGAAACUCACAAAGAUCCCCGUCCAUGCAUCUUCAGGCUUUGCACUCACUGCUGCUGCCGUUAAGUCUCACAUAACAGGCGAUGUUAUUUGCAUCUAUGCUUCAGCCCCUAGCUUUCCACAUGGCGUCAUAGAUCAGAUCGAAGACCUCGGGCAAUUGGCAAGCUCCCAUGGCAUCGGUCUCCAUGUGGACAAUUGCCUUGGUGGAAUUCUUCUCUCCUUUUUGGACGCUCAAGAUUUGCCAACACAUCAGCGGUGGGAUUUUCGCGCAGAAGGAGUGACUUCCAUCAGUGUGGAUGUGCACAAGUAUGGCAAUGCCUCCAAGGGUGUGAGUGUGGUGUGCUUUCGAGAUCCGGAGCUCAGGCGAUUGACGUAUGUGCCAGUGACCGACGGCUGUGAGGGCUUGUAUGUCACACCAACGAUGCAAGGCGCACGCGGAGGUGCUAUUAUUGCUCAGGCAUGGGCCACCAUGCUUAGCUUUGGGAACCACGGCUAUGAGCGCUUUGCGGCUGAGAUCCACAGGUCCCACUUGAGAUGCCAGGAGAUUGUCAACAGCAUCCCUGGGCUGUUUGUGCUAUGCAAGUGCCAUGCAUGCAUUGUUCCAGUGGGUUCAAAAAAGUAUGACAUCUAUGCCGUGGCUUCGGUGUUGGAGGAAAAGGGUUGGAACCUAGCAACUGGGCAGAAUCCACCUUAUUUAGGCAUUUGUAUCGGGGAGCGUCAUUCCCAAAUCCUUGAUGAAUUUGAGCAAGACCUGCGGUCUGCCAUCGCGUAUUUGGACGAGAAUCCUGGCCACAAGCCUACAGGGGCAGCUGCAGUGUAUGGUGCCAUGUCGACCACUCCGACAGCUAUUCUGGAAGAGGUUGUGAAGAGAUAUGUGGACAUGUAUCAAGCAAUUGUGAGGCUUGACUGUGUGCAGGGACAGGAGUAUGCGGGCCACCUUGUGCUGAACCAAAAAGAUGCUGAGAAGCGAGGUUCUGAGAUGGGUGAGGAAAAUGGACUCUGCUGUGCACUGAACUCUUUGAACUUGCAGCUGGAGGACAAAAAGAAGAAGAAGCCGACAAAGCUGACCCCGGAGGAACAUGCCCAGAGAAAGGCAAGGUUCCUGUACGCCAUGUGGUGCAGUGAUGCGCGUUUGAUGUACUCUGUGGAGGCUAAGCAGGAAGAGGAAGGCAAUCCGGCAGCCUUGGUGAUGAAAAUUAUCAAGCGGUACCUCCAGAAGGGUGAGACUGUUUAUGAGACCAAGACCUAUGCUGGUGGUGGGCAUCAGGCCACGGUGAAAAUCACAGCUUUGCCAGACGAAUGGGGCAGCCGAAUGUGGGCUGGCCAUGUAUGCAACACGAAGCAGAAGGCCGAGCAGAGUGCUGCUGAGAUGGCCUUGGAAUCCAUAAAGCAGGAUGCAGAGCUCAUGAAGGAGUCCGAGAAGCCAAAAGGAAUGGGGAAGGGCGAGAAGGGCAAAGGCAAGGGCAAGGGAAUGUUGUGGGGCCCAUGGUCAUUCGGAUGGUGGAAUGCAAAAGGCUCCGAUCUUCCCCGCAAGCCCGUAAGCACGGAGCCUAUCACUGGCGAAGUCGUCGAGUGGAAGGAUGCCUUUGGGUGGAUCAAACCUGACGUGACUAUCGAUCACAAAGAUGCUGGCCGCCGUGAAGGGAAGAUCUUCGUUGGGAAAUCCGAUGUGCCAGAGGCUCUGAAAAUGGCAGCUGGUGUUAAAGUGAGCUUCGCUGUCUAUGAGGACAUGCAUAGAAGGGACGGGAAACGGUGUGAAGAACGCCCACAGCAACGAAUACACAUCACACACAUCAUAAAUAAAUAUAAAUAUAUAAAUAUAAAUAAAUAUAUAUAA